AUGUCGAUGACCAUCGCCAUAAAUAGAGAAAGAGCCAUUGAACUCUACUGUCAACGAACAAAAAUCAGUGGCGGGGAAGGGGGUGUAGUUGAAAAUAAUUAUGGUGAAGAUUAUUUUAGGGCUGGUAUGAAAUUGAGGACAUUAUUAGGAAAGGGCGAGGGUUGCCCUGCACCAUCCCACCACACCUCCCUAGGAACCGGUUUCCAACAGAUGGCGCGAAUGAUGGACUCUUUAAUCCUGGACGGAUUUGCAGCCCCUUUUACAGCAUUCACCAAAAUCACGACGACCCACAGGACACCUAGAAAGGACCCUAAUGUGGGACCAAAUUCAGGACAAAAUCUAGGGUCGACCACAAAUGGCGGAGGAGGUGGAGGAUCUUCCAGAAAAAGUCACCAUCACCAGAAUUCUGGUAGAGGGUAUAAUAGUCAGACGGGGCGGAGGAAUGGGCCACCGACACAGGAAGUCAACCCGACUCCCCGCCACGACACCAACCCCAACAUUAACCCCAAAGACUCGCCAUCGCCCACCAAACCGAACAAUACGGAAACCAAAUGGGUUGCGAGUCUCAGGAGAAGGGACCCCGAAAUACAGCCGGCCCUGCCUUCUAUCCAUUCUAGGACUAAACAAAAUACCGGUAGUAACGGUAGUAAUGGAAGUAACGGUAGUAACGGUAGUAAUGGUAAUAAUGGUAAUAAUGGAGUUACCACAUUGCACCACCACAGACACAGUUUGACCACCGCCAGACCUUCGAGGAGCAUCGAAAGGGCGAGGGCGGCACUCUUAAAGGAACGCAAAGCGAGUACGGCCCUGCCGAGCCCCACAUCCACCAACUUGCACCCUUGUCAAAGGAAUCCGGCCCUUUUAAGAAAAGCGACUUCGACCGAAGACAACGCGGUGUCAUCCGAUCCUGAAGUUAGUCCGGAGGAAAGGGAGUGCAACAGUGGAAGGGUUUUCAGUGCAGUAGGCUACGAACCCCAUUUAGUAGACACCAUAGAAAAAGACAUUUUGCAGAGAAACCCUGAUAUCCAGUGGAACAAAGUGGCGGGUUUGCACGAAGCCAAGGCCCUGCUGCAGGAGGCUAUGGUCUUACCUAUCAUCAUGCCGGACUUUUUCAAGGGUAUAAGAAGGCCCUGGAAGGGCGUCCUCAUGGUAGGACCCCCCGGAACCGGAAAGACCCUUCUGGCAAAAGCAGUGGCCACCGAAUGUGGCACCACCUUCUUCAACGUGUCAUCAGCAACCCUAACAUCUAAAUACAGGGGCGACUCGGAAAAACUGGUCCGCCUCCUGUUCGACAUGGCCCGCUGGCAUGCCCCCAGCACUAUAUUUAUCGACGAAAUGGACGCCCUUUGUUCGGCGAGGGGCUCCGAUUCGGAGCACGAGGCCAGCAGGAGGUUCAAGGCGGAAUUGCUUAUACAAAUGGAUGGAUUAAAUCACACAGGACCCGAUGACAAAGUAAUAAUGGUUCUGGCCGCCACUAAUCAUCCUUGGGACAUCGACGAAGCUUUUCGAAGACGAUUUGAGAAACGAGUAUAUAUAGGGUUGCCCGAUGACGAGAGCCGGUCGGCCCUUUUACACUUAUGCAUGCAGGACAUAACGAUGGACGCAGAUUCGAAUGUUAUCGGUGAUCUUUUGGAAGGAUAUACAGCCGCUGAUAUUGUCAAUGUUUGCAGGGAUGCUUCAAUGAUGUCAAUGCGUAAACGCAUAUCAGGAAGGACUCCAUCAGAAAUCAAAAGGAUGAAACGUGAAGAAUUCGAUCUUCCUGUAACGACAUUGGACUUUCAAGAAGCCCUUACACGUUGCAAAAAAUCAGUGACAGCAAGUGACGUGGAAAAAUAUGAACAGUGGAUUCAACAAUAUGGAUCGUGUUAA